AUUAUUUUCUUUCUCAUCACGCGGCUGCGUCCGUAUCGCGACUUUUAUCCUCUCCUCCCCAACUAACUCGGCGUUCGCCAUCUCGUGUCGACUUCCUCCUCAAAACCCUAAUUCCAUCCACCGCUCGAUCCAAUCUACCCUCUCUCUCGAUUCUCAAUUCUCAAUUCUCCCUGCAAAAUUCCCAAUCCUCCGUGCAGAAUUAGAAUUAUGCGGGAUUGAUCCCCUCCCACGGGAUCUCCAAUAUCAUAUCCAUCCAGAAAUUGAAAUUCCCCUCGCCGCCGAUGAGCCAAUCGCCGCCGGACUCCUCCUCCGCGGCGGCGGUGCCCCUGGCGCCGGGGUUUCGCUUCCACCCCACCGACGAGGAGCUCGUCUCCUACUACCUCCGCCGCCGCAUCCUCGGCCGCCGCCUCCGGAUCGACGCCAUCGCCGAGGUCGACCUCUACCGCCUCGAGCCGUGGGACCUCCCCUCCCUCUCCCGCAUCCGGAGCCGCGACGCGCAGUGGUACUUCUUCGCCCGCCUCGACCGCAAGGUCACCGGCGCCGGGGCCGGCGGCCGCGGCGGCCCCGGGAACAGGACCAACCGCGCCACGCCGCGCGGCUACUGGAAGACCACCGGGAAGGACCGCGAUGUCCACCACCGCGGCAAGCUCGUCGGGAUGAAGAAGACGCUCGUCUUCCACUCCGGUAGGGCGCCCAAGGGCCAGAGGACCAACUGGGUCAUGCACGAGUACCGCCUCCUCGACGCCGACGGCACCCAGGAUCUGCAUGUGGUGUGUAGAAUCUUCCAGAAAAAUGGAUCUGGGCCACAAAAUGGUGCACAGUACGGUGCGCCAUACUUGGAGGAAGAUUGGGAAGAGGAGGAUGAUGCAAUUGAGAACAUGCCUGCCAGUGGCGCUUUCGCUGAAAUGGCUGCAGUCACAGAUACUGCAGAUGAGUCGACUGAGGAAGAUGGGAAUUUCUCCCUUAAAACUAAUGAUGAGCCUUUACAAGUAAGUACUCCCUCCAUCCCACACCUUCAUGUACUUCAAUUACCACUACAGACCCAAGAAUACCAGCCAGAGAUAACUCCUGUGAAAGCUCAAGGUUCAAAUGAGGAGACCAAUGGCGGUGGUUACAGUUGUGAUGUUUUUUCUCUGGAUGAGAUUUUGCAGGAACCUGAAAAUGUCUGCAAAAAUGAAGAGCAGAAUGCCAUUGAUGACAAGUUCACUAUCGCAGAGUUAUCUGGAUACCCAAGGCAAGAUGAUGGCUAUGUAGGCGAGAAUGGUCCUGUGAAUUGGAUUGACCCUUCAAAUGGUGAUAAUACAAACUGGCCUUUGAGAGCAUAUAGUACUCAGAACCAUGUCAAUGGAACACUUAGCGCUGAUGGUUUCUUUGACACGGUGAAUGGUACCAACUCAUAUUCAGGUCCUUCAGAUAACCAGAACCUGUAUUUGCAAGAUGAUGGCUUGACUUCUUCUCAUCAAGUGGGCGAUAACAUGCCAUUUUAUGACGCAUCAUCUAAUCACAAAUGGGUAGAUGGAAAGGAUGAUUAUUUGAAUUUGAAUGACCUCCUCUACCCGCCAGCAGAAAAUCAACCCCUGUUUGAUGCUGGGGAUGACCUGAUGGCUUACUUCGAUGCCACGGAGGAUGAUUUCAAAUUUGAUAUUAUGGGCACAGAAGAUUCUAAUUCUCAACUUCCAGACAUGUCGAACUUUGUCCAAAAGGAUGAUAACAACAAUAAGUUUACAUUAGAUGGGAUCUCUAAUACCGCUUUGUAUGGUGCUUCUUCAUCUGGAUCCCAUGGCAAUAUGUAUCCAGACACUGCAGUACCAGAUAUGCCGAUGGAUGACACUGUUGACAAAAGUUUCGGAAAGCGCCUUGCCAGCAUGCUGGGUUCAAUUCCAGCUCCACCCGCAAUGGCUUCAGAGUUCCCGCCGAGCACAGGAAAAUCUGUUGUCCCACUUAGUGCUGUCAACCCGAGUAGCUCUAUCCGUGUCACUGCAGGCAUUAUCCAACUCGGUGGUAUCACUUUUACUGGUAGCACCGAGCACCUGCAGAAGAAUGGAGAUUUCAAUUUGCUCCUCUCUUUCACUGUCGAGGGCGACGUCUCAACCAAAUCCAUUGGUUUUGAACCGGAUACGCAGAUGAGCACCACGCCAAUGGUGUUGCGCAGCGGCAUGUAUCUUUUCUUCGUAUCGGCGAUGAUUCUCAUGUUGAGCUACAAAGUUGGGCUGUGUAUCUACAGCAGGUAAGUUAUAGUAGUUUUUGUUGCCCCAGGCUGUUUAUUAAAUUGAAGGAGUCAUACAGAGUCCACUCGACGUAGAGGGAACUGCCUGCGAUUUGGACAGUUUGGUUCUUUACAUUGUUAUAGUUGGUAUACCGUUCUGACAGUUGAAAGAUACAUAGCAAUAAACUCUGGAAUUGGAGAAACUAGAGUUACACGAAUUUGGUGCUGAAACUUUUGUUGGUGGCAUGUACUGUAUAAUUUACUCUAUUUAUUUAUUUCACCCAAUUCUGGGAGGCUGUAAGCGUUCCCCGAUCGAUGUAAGCUGAUCUGAAACCUGAAUACGCGCUCUUCAUUUUUCAUACCCAAAGGGCCGAGAGGCACAGUUUGCAGUUACUGUUGAUCAAUUUUCGGAUGGAA